CAGGGCUGCGAGCUCGCCUUCAAGGAAUCAUUUGGUAGUUGCUUGAACUCAGAUAGUGAGUAAUGGCUGCGAAGUUCGAGCGCACCCAUGUGAAUGACGAGUUUGUCUUUGGAGAUGCGAUCCCCCAUUGCAAGAAAUGGACCAGAGUGGGGACGGGAAACAACGACAAAGUGGACCAGCGCCUGGACCUCUUCCUCUCACUUAUGGGUAUGCCCCUCCCGCUGUUCAAGUACACGUUUGACUCAGAGGACCCUGCCGGGGAGCUCAUCCUCUACCGGCACUGCCACGGCUCAUUUUCCAGAGUUUUGAUGCGCAGGGUGCGCGGUGACGUGGUGGCGAGUUUGGAGGUCAACCCGCCAUCGGCGACUAUUCGGUUUGCCGGGAGCGGUAAUGAGAUCGCCACCAUUCCCUACUUGUUGCACGGGCCUCCAACCUUUGCACAGGUGGCGAGAGAUGUUCGCAGCUACUUGGUGCGCGGGAACAGCAUGACGGAGUCGCAGGGCAUUCAGCUCCUUCUGGGCACCAGCUCCACCCGGCCAGUGCCCUCGACAAGGCUGUGGACCAUGGCGCAUGGUGCCAUGCUUGCGCGCGAGGGCGUGGUGCAGCCUGCACUUGAACGCGUUGAUGAUGAUUCGGACAGUUCGUCACAGACGCUGAGCUGGAGGCGCAUGGGCCAGCUCCAUGGACCUGCGCCGAAAGCAGAAAGCAAAGGGGCCGCCGCAAAGCGGCCUGCGGCCAAGCAGAUCGCUGCAAAGCGGCCGGCGGCCAAGCGGAUUGCCGCAAAGCGGCCGGCAGCCAAGAAGGGGAUCGCCGCCAAGCGGCCGGCA